AUGACAUCUCACGCUCUCGCUUCCUGUUUCUUCUGCCGCCGCAGUAAGCGACGCUGUGACAAGAGCCUUCCAGCAUGCCAACUGUGUACCAAAAAGGGCUUAAAGUGCAGCUAUCCCAACAGACGCGGUCAACGUUCCGCAUCGCCUGCCCGCAGCAUACAUGGUACAGAAUCUGGCACUGAUUCCGAUUUAGGCUAUGCGGGGCCUGUUGUACCGUCCAGAAGUACUGACUCCCAGUUUCAGUCUGUCUCUUCUUCCACUUCUUCUUCAUUUGCUGUGACCACCGCCAUUAGUUUCCUCGCACCCGAUCUCUUCCGUGAGGCUCGAUUAGAGAUUCCUCGUCUGGAUGUAGGCAUUCCAGACGAAGUUGCCUUUCACCUAGGUGAUAGCCAGCAGAUUCGGGAGACAGCCAGCAAGUUCUUCCAGAUAACAUGGAUGCCUGUCGUCUGUCGGAAGCGGUAUUUAGCCGCCGUACUUAAUCCAUUAUCCCCAUCCCGACGACCAACAGCUUUACUAGCUCUGUGCAUGAAGCUAUGCUGCUUGUCAGUCCAUGAUGAUGAAGUCCCAGAAAAGGCCGCGCUAUACCAAUUAGUCAAGAAAUUUUACUCCGAAGUGGAGAGUACACGAGACUUGUGUGUUCAAGUCUUACAAGCAGCUAUACUCAUUGCGGUUUUUGAGAUUGGUGAUGCAAUCUACCCUGCCGCUUAUUUGACAGUAGGAGCUUGUGCCCGUUAUGGUAUCGCCAUGGGUCUAGACAGGAUCAACAAAGAUCGUAUGGGUGGUGAGCAUAAUCGUACAGAAUCCUGGAUGGAGAUUGAGGAGAGGCGCAGAGCUUGGUGGGCUGUCUUAUCCUUAGACCGGUCCGUCACUUCCUGUUCAAUUUUCCUUUACUGGCUGUUCCGAUAUAGGAAAUCUGUGAUCCUCAGCAGCAUAUAA